AUGGCGGCGGAGCACGACGGGACGGCCGACGGCAGGAGGAAGAAGACGGUCCGGUCGGAGGUCCUCGGCGUCUACCGGCUGCAGCGCGGCAUGUACCGGGCGCGGAUCUGGGACCCAUCGCGGCGCGCCAUGAAGAACCUCGGCGCCUUCGCCACCGCCCAGGAGGCCGCCAGGGCCUACGACGCCGCCGCCGUCGGGCUGCACGGCGCGGCCACGGCGCUCACCUACUUCCGCCAGCACACGGCUGCCGACGGCGACGGCGACGCGCCGCUCCUGCACGUCGACACGGACGCCAAGGCCGAUGCCGGGGACGCGCCGCUCCGGCACGUCUCCUGCGUGGGCGGCGAUGUCGGGGCCGAUGGCGACGGCGACGCGCCGCUCCGGCACUUCUCCUGCGUGGGCGAGGAUGUCGGGGCCGUGGAGUCGUGCCCAGGCCAUGAUGCGGCGGAGAGCGCCAAGGAGAGGAAGGCGCCGCUCAGGCCGGUCGCCCGGACCGUGUUCCGCCGCGUGCGCAGGAGGCCGAGCGGCAAGUGUGUGGCGAAGAUCAGGUGCCCAAAGGGGGGAGCUCGGAGGUACCUCGGCGGCUUCAGCACCGCCGAGGAGGCCGCCAGAGCCUACGCCGCGUCGGCGGUCAAGCUGCGCGGCGCGAUCGGCCUGAAGAAGGCGCGCGCGGCGGGGGAGGUCGGCUUCAAAGGUCAGGCCGGAAGGAAGGCGGCGGCGGCCGCUAAGUCGAGGUCGAGGUCGAGCUCGAGCUCUCUGCCGGUGUUCCGCGGCGUGCGCCAGACAGGGGGCGGCAAGAAGUACUCUGCGCGCAUCUGGGACCCGGCGCGGCGAGCGAAGCUGUUUCUCGGCGCCUUCGACACGGCCGAGGAGGCCGCCGGAGCGUACGACGCGGAGGCCGUCAGGCUGCGCGGCGCCAAGGCCAAAACCAACCUGAAGCAGCAGUCCAUGGCGAGGAAGAAGGCGGCGGCAAGGACGGACACCGGGACCGGGACCAAGUUCCGCGGCGUGCACCGGAAGCCCAGCGGCAAGUACGCGGCGCAGAUCAGGCACGCCGGUGAGAAUUCUCGGUGGCUCGGCCUCUUCGGCACCGCCGAGGACGCCGCCAGAGCGUACGACGCCGCGGCCGUCAAGCUGCAUGGCGUGAAGGCCAUCACCAACUUCAAGCAACCACCCAUGGCCGCCGCCGCAGCCGCUGUUGACGACGGCGAGGAGUCGCCCAUGGACCACAACGACGUCCCGGAGCUGCGUGGCGCGACGGCCAAAACAAACCUCAACCAGCCACCCGUGGUCGCCGGCUCUGGUGAUGACGGCGAGGAGUCGCGCAUGGACCUCGCCGACAGCGACUUCCCCGAGCAGCCGGCGCUCGACCUCUUCUCGGGCACCAUCACCGUAGACGCACAGCUCGACGAUGUGUUCGCCGACCUGCCACCGUUGGAUUUGCAGCAGGUGGACGAGCUCCUCAAGGACAUGGAAUUCGCCAAUAUGAUGGCUUGAUUUGUGUGUGCUCGUCCGGCGUAAAACAGGACAGAGACGAAAUGCGGCCAAUUUUG